AAUAGCUUUCCCUUUUCUCGAAUUCUUAAUACUUACAAAGUCAAAUAGCUGAUUGAUGUCAUCUCCAAUGGAAUAAACAUGUCCUUGUCUAGACACGUAAUGCUUCCGCGCUUUCUCGUUCAUAUUUUCUUCCUCGACCUCCACAAUUUCACAAUUGCUAUCCAGAACAUCCAUCUUUGAUGCAAUCAUCCGCGUCUACAAAAGGGGCACGAAGCUGUAGAUAAUAUGCUCAAAACUAACCCAUCUCAGAUUAAGCCCUUGGAGAUAGUAAGGUGCAAGAAGCCCGAGCUAUAGAAAACAAAAACCAUAAAGCUCUUCCAUCAUAUUGAAAUUGAGAUUGCUAGAACAAGCAAUCGAAUUAGAUUGAACGAAAACAGCAGCUACUUUUAUUCAAACUAUAGGAGCCACAAAUAGCAUCCAAUCAUUCAGCUACAUGCAUACGAGGUACGCCAACCUGAAAGAAUUGCAGACUUUCAGAUCAUGCUAAUUAUUUCUAAUCCAAAACAUUAUUCUAAUCAUUCAACUACAUGAACUUCUACAAAUGGGUUCACCUUCCACUCCCUUUCUCUUUAUCUCAACAAGCUAAAGUUAUGGGAAUGAGGGAUCUUAAACCCUCUUCCUGAUUCCAGAAACCAGUGAAUCAAGUGACUGUCUGUGGAGAACCUAUUAGGACUUGUUUCUAGUAGUAAAUUUAGAAAUGCAAAUGUGAGAUUUAUGGACUUCUGUCAUUUUGAAGGUGUGCUUUGUGGUUUAGAAGAUGACUCAGUAGGGUCAGUUCAACCAAUGCAAAGCUGCAUUGAAUUCCUUGAUUGGCUUCAUCAUUAUCAAUUUCUAGGAUUCUUUAAUUCUUGAAGAAAAUUAAACUAGAUACAUUGUGUUAUUGAAAUGAACAUGCAUUUCUUGCUGCGGUAGUAGGGGAUUCAAAGCAUCCCCUUCUAUUUAAGAUGUUAAGCAAAAGAAAAAAUUCAAUUAGGUAAUCCAAGGUUUGGGUUAAUUACACUAAUGUAUUAUUUGAUGAACGUAUUUGGCCUAUCUAGAAGCUUAACUAAAAAUAUGUAUAUUCUUUUAUGGACUUAAGAAUUGAUGGUAAUGUAUUCUUUGAUGAACGUAUUUGGCCUAUCUAGAAGCUUAACUAAAAACAUGUAUAUUCUUUUAUGGACUUAAGAAUUGAUGAUAAUUUUGUAUGGGGUACAUUGUGAAACCAGAUCCGCAAAAUUCCACGAACCGAUCAAACUUUAAUCACUCUGAAACUUAUAAUCUGACAUAAAAAAUAUAUGCUUGUGAUUCUUAAUAAAGAUGAACAUGUAUGUCAUGUUAAUAAUGUUAUUACUUCAAUCAAAACAACCGUGUGUUGAGAACUCUUAAUCCCCACUUAAUAAUUUUUAUGUUAUUUUUAAUAUAAAGGUAGGACAAUAGUGACUGCGACCCCUUAUGAGCCUGAAUCAAUAUCUUGAUACUUUUUUUCUUUGUUUGAAUGUUGAUUCUGAGCCAUCUCAUUAUAAAGGUCGAUGCACAAGCAACAAAAUCAUUUGCUGCUCCAUCCCCACAAACACCAUCAUCACAAGCAUCAAACAAUCGAAAAUAUGUGAUCACUGAUAAGGAUCUUGUCAAGUUGACAACUACUUCAUUGCGAACUUUCAAGAAUCAAGCCAUGAGAAUGAAAUCAAGUGGUGCAUGCAGAUCAAUUAGAAUACCGGCAACUGUGUAUGGUCAUGAGGAGACACUUACCCUUGAUUAUGAAGCGAUGCUUGAUUGGUGCUUCCAAAGAGAGAUCGGAGUGACUCACUUGUCCAUUUUCAUGAAAUGUGCAGUUGACAUUGGAUGCUAGCGGUCAUUAGUCCGUGGAAUGGAGUGGUGUUUUGGCUUGAUCCAGCUGGAGCAGAAAAUGAUAUUCCUGAAUUUGCUCAAAGGACCAUAAUAAAUGAGAGAAUCAUAAAAUUUAGUCUCGUAUAUCAAAAUGAUAUUAAGAAAAUGACAAAGAAUCCGACAAUUAAGUGGAAAAAACCUGAGUGUCCUCGUCAAUCCCAAGAAUCUCUGGACUUUGGAUAUUAUAUAUGUCGAUAUAUUCUCGAGACUAUAGAGAAAAGGCGACAAGUGAUUCCUGAUAAGUACUUUGGCGGAGUUACAACUGAAUUUCCUCAAAAUAAGUUUGACGAGUUGACAGACUUAUGGAUCAAAUACGUGGAGGAAUAUAAACCAGCGGAAGAAGAGGAAUCUGAAGAAAGUGUCGAUUUUAAUUAGGUAUUAAGCGGGAUUAGAUAGGUAAUUAGUUAGAACAAUGAGUUGAUUAAUUUACUCUGCAUUUGAGUUGAAAGAAAUAUUGGCUUCUUUACGUAUCUUUUGAGAAGUUGAUUUUUUGAAUCUUCAUAUAUCGAUAUUAUUUUGUAAUGAAUUAUGGUAUUGCAUCAAUGAAAUUUUUGUCAAGUUAUAUAAUAA